AUGAUAAGAGCACGACCAAAAAUCUGCGAAACCUUGAAGAAGGCCGCGACAAUCGCCCAGUGGGCCCAACUCAACGUGGGCGUUGUGAAAUGUAUGUCGUAUGUCGUUUCAAAUCAUAGCCAGGACUUUAUCCCGGGCAAUGGCGGCCGGGCAGCCAGAGAGGGCGCUGAUAGUUUCAACGCAGCCGACGGCAAGCGUGGUGCGGGGUCUUCGGGACGCGGUCGUUGCGCAGGUCCGUCUCGAGGGGGUGUCGACGUCAAGGCGAGGACGAAGCAAGUUCUCGAGAUGGUGUCGGUGGUGAGGGUGUUUGACGUCAAGGGCGUGUGGGAAGUCCUCGACGACCUAGAGUGCGAAGCUGACGGGAGCUCGCCCGGGUCACCGUCGAGUGAGACGAGCGGCGCCGAGAUACGUCAAGUUGUUGGCGCGGUACCAAAGGUGGUCCGAGACGAGAUCCCGGAUAGCGACGAGGAGGCAUCGCCGUCGGCGUCGCCACCGAACCUUGCCACUCCUCCUCCUCCUCCUCCUCCGCCGAUCGAGGGUGUGCCGGCAACGGCGGGGCCUCGGAAGGAGGACAGGUCAGGGCUUAGCAGGCCGGACAUUGUCCUGAUCACGCACUUUUCCACGCUGCUCACCACGCUCUUCACGCACGCGGAGAAGAACCAGGCGCACACCGCUCUCCAGCUGCUCUCGUCACGCCUUCGCUUCCUCGCGCACUGCGGUCCUUCUUCCCCGCUCAUCCUCAUCACCAACUCCCUGGCGACACCGGGAUCGGCAUCCCGAGCGGACCCCGUUUCGGCGAGGGGGCCAGGUGUCACGCCAGUGGACGGACCCGACCUUGAGAUCCAUCUUUAA